AUGACUGGCGGGCCACAGCUGACUCCUGGCUUGAGUCAGCCGACGGCAGCAUGGCUGAAUCUGUGUGACUAUACCUGUGGGACACCAACAUCGAUGAGCUGGAUGAAGGCGUAUAUCUGCAAGAUCCUUGACGAGCCGGCAAACAAGUCGACCGUCACCGAGGCCGAAAUGGAGGAACAAUGCAAGAAAUUGCGUGAGGACCCCUUUGGCGAUGUGGCAAGUCGCCUGGGAGCGCAGAAGGCCAUAAGCAUACCAGCGAUUUCUCGCGGCAGCAGAUCCAGCUGUGCAGCGCAGCAAGCAUUGACCACAUCCCCUCCUUUGCAGCAGCCUGAUACGAAGCCAUCAGAUCUCAAGAUGGCCAAGACCCGCGGCAACACAUAUGGGGAUAGCCAACUGCUCGUGGGUCAAAUACAGGGUGUCUACAGUUCGAGCCACCCCAGUAUCCGCGCCCAGUACCUCCAGGCCCGACGCCUGGCGCCCACCAUGCACUCUACAGGGCGCCACCGAUCUCGGGAGGGAAAUUAA